AUGAAGGACGAGUUGCAUCGUAUGGAUGUGCCCUACCAAGUCAUCAACCACGUAAUCAACCACAUUACUGAUAAAUUUUGGGAGAAAUUAGAGGUCAUUAACAGAGAGGGCAUGGCACCCCAAGAAGCACUUUUGGUAAAGUUGUCGAUGGAGAUUGUGAGGGAGGUAGAUGAUGCAGUUCAAGUUGAAGCAUCAUCUCUUAGCGAAGACUUUGUUUCUAGGCCGGCUGCUGGGCAUGCAGUGGAGUCCUUAGAGAGGGUAGAUAUGAAAGAGGACGAAGAAAUUAUCUGCACUAUUUGCAUGUGUGAGAUGGAUUUUGGAACGGUUGAUGUGAGGGUGAUGCCAUGUUCGCACAGAUAUCAUGGAGAGUGCAUUGCUACUUGGCUAGCGAAUAGAAGUAGCUGUCCAGUGUGCCGUUACCAAUUGCCCACUGCGAACUGA